AUUAUUUCUUUUACUCAUUUCAUCUUCUUCUUCAACUGCUCUGUUGCCACACUAGUGUUCCACCCCUCCAAUGAAAAUAAAUAAAUUAAGUGUCCCUUUAAUAAAUUCUCAUUUUUUUAGUAUAUACAUUUUCAAUUUCCUUAGGAAAAAAGGUUUGCUGACUAAAAUGAAAAAAUAUUAUUAUAAUAGGGCUUAAUUUUAUUUUUAUUUUUAUUUCUGGUGGUGGUUUUUGUGGUUUAAUUUGAGAGAUAUUCAUUUAAUAACGGAAAGGAGGAAUGGAAGGAAGAAAGAUGGGUGAGAAAGAGAAGAACGCGUUCACAGAACUAACCGACGACAUAAUUCUGAACAUCUUCUUCAACCUCGAAGACGAUCCUCGCCACUGGGGUCGCCUUGCCUGCGUCUGCACCAAAUUCUCCUCUCUCAUUCGCGACUUCUGUUGGAAGAGAAGGUCGUCACGCACCAUCCCCUCCGAUCUCCUCUCCACCGACGAUCCCUCCAUCCACAAACUCUCCUUCUGCUGCCCCGGCCUCCUCCACGCCGGCCUCCUCUUAGACACCUCCGAUUUCGGCCUCGAACGCGACCUCGGCCCCGACCAAUCCCUCACCCCUUCCCCUUCACCCUCUAUCCAUCUUCCUCCUCCCCCUCCCCCUCACGAUUCCUCUUCCUGUUGGUCCCUCUUCGACGACCUUUACUACGACACUCUCUACGACGCCACCGAAUCUCACGAACCUCCGCCAUUCCCUGAGGCGGUUAGCGCGGGCGCUGCGGUUAGCGCAGGCGUUGCAGUUAGCGCGUGCAAAAAACGCAAGGUUUCCCGGUCGUGGAGGUCCCACUUGGCUUCGGGGACUUGGAGCUUGAGCCGCGAGCAAGGCAGCAAGCUCCUGGCGAGGCAGUUCCGCGACGACUGUUUGUACGUUUGCGAUUGGCCUGGUUGCGUUCACAAGGAGGAGAAGCGCAAGUACCGUCUCUUCCGUGGGGUUUUCAAAAACUUCAAACGCACGCGCGUUUGGAGAACUAUUCAUGACGCCAACCGCAAGAAGCUCGAUCUGCCUUGCGCCUUUUGUUCCUCUAUGUUCACUUGGGAUCUUCACUCUGCUUUCUGCUUGAGACGCGGUUUUGGCUUCCACGACGAUGGUGAACCUGUUGUUCGUGCUUUUGUUUGCGAAAACGGACACGUUUCUGGUGCUUGGACCGAUGUCCCCAUGUACUCUUGAUUUCAAUUCCCCUCUGACUUAUUAGCUACCUCAUCGUAAACCAGAGCACCCCAGGAAUUGAUCCAUUUCACUCAAUUUUUGUUCAUCAUUUGUGGGUCCGUAUACAAUAUAUAGUAUAGCUACUCGUGAGUCCAAGAAUGUGAGGCUUUGUCAUAGCCACCGUAAAAUUUCUCAUUCUUUUUUACACUUUCAUUAAUUUUCCAUCACAUCUUUAUUGAGAUAAUCUUUAUAUUGUUAUUUAUUUUGUUGAACCUUAUUUUAGUUAAACUUGCAUCACUAUUAUUGUCGUAGCUAUGUCACUACUGCGAAGAAUCAAACGUGUCCAGAACUUACAGAUAAACAUAACAAAAAUAAUUUCCCAAUUCCUAAAAUACUUUGAACUUAGAGUAUCAUUCACACUGCACAGGAGUGCUUUCUAUUUUAUGCACCCCACACUUCGUGUCGUGCUUCCAUUUUCUGGUCCGUAAUUGGGUAUACACAAUGAAUACCGUUGCUUUUUUUCCUUUCAUGGUUUAACGUGUCUCAUUUUAUGCCAUUCUUCACUGAUUCGAUACAUUGCAUGGGUGCAUUAUACAAACAUUUUCAUUAUAUAAACUACUAAAAAUUGAGACACU